AUGUCUCCGUACAGUCUGCUUCCACCAUCCCUGCUGCCCCCUCUGCCGGUUUACGAUGAUGUGGGCGACGAAGAACCACCGCCGGCUUUUGAAGAGGAACCCACCAGUCCAGACGAGAUAACAAUGACCUCCAUCAUACCCCCGCUACAACCAGCUGUCCUUCACGACCCCGAAUGCGCCCCA